CUCAUUCAACAGUCAAUAGUUCGAGACGCAAGCAAAGAUGGCCGCGUCAUAAUCAGUUAUAUCGAGUCGAGACAUUUGUUUACGAGCACAGAGUCGGAGUCUGAUCUCUAGUUCGGCCUUAAGCAGCUGCAAUUCCCGGAGAUAUAUAUAUUCCACAACGAUGCAUUCCACCGAAAACGCCAAAUACCUGGGCAGCCGCAGCUCCCUGCCAAUCUGUUGCCUGCUCCUCCUCCUCCUCGCCGUCGUCCUGCAGCCAGCAGCGUCUCAGACUCAAAGUUCGCAGCGUUAUCUGCAGAAUGUGGACAUCAACAAUGCCAAUAACGAGCGAUUGCAGCAGAUUCUCAAGGGUUCGGGAGCAGGAGCGGCACCCGCGCAGAUUUGGCCACAGCCGCCCCUAAAGGCGAUACCCGAUGUCAAGACUGAGCUGGCCAAACUGAAUAGUACUUAUACAUACCAGAAUGACUGGCCGGCGAACAAUGUGAAGCUGGGUGCCGUCACGGCCGUUAGUUUCGACAAGGCCGGUAACGUGGUGAUCUUUCAUCGCGUAAACCGCGUAUGGGGGCAGCAGACCUUCGACAACAGGAACGUCUACCAGGAGCAGUACCUCGGACCCAUCAGGGAGAGCACAAUUCUGGCGCUGGAGCCCGCGACAGGAGCGAUGAAAUACGAUUGGGGCAAGAACUUCUUCUACAUGCCGCACGGCCUAACCGUGGAUCCCGAGGACAACGUCUGGGUGACGGAUGUGGCCAUGCAUCAAGUCUUCAAGUUUCCGCCCCGCGGAGGCGAUGGAAAACCGCUGCUCACGCUUGGCACGGCCUUCAAACCCGGUUCCGGCAAGAAGUUCUGCAAGCCCACGUCUGUGGCGGUGCUGGACAAUGGGGACUUCUUUGUGGCGGACGGAUACUGCAACGCUCGCAUCCUCAAGUACUCGCGUGCGGGUGAACUGAUUACCUCUUGGGGUCAGAACUCCUUCUCGGGCGUCUCGUACGACGUGGCGCCUCAGAAUUACUUUGCUAUCCCCCACGCCCUGACCCUUGUUCCAGAGUUGGAGCUGCUCUGUGCAGCGGACCGCGAGAAUGGGAGGGUGCAGUGCUUUUUCUCCAGAAACGGCACCUUCCAUUCGCAGUACCACAGCCAGCUGAUAGGCGAUCGCCUGUUCAGCAUGGCCUACACCCCGGCAUCGGGUGGCCAGCUGGUCAUAGUAAACGGACCCACCGCCGAGCUGGGCAUCCAUCCGGAGCACUAUAAUGAGGUGCACGGCUUUGUACUGAGCAUGCGCAGCAAGCAGCUGGUCUCCAAGUUCGGGCCCAACAAUCUCGAGUUCCAUAAUCCGCACGACGUGGCCGUCACCACCGAUGGCAAUGAGAUCUACGUGGCCGAGCUGGCUCCCAUGCGCAUUCACAAGUUUGUGCACAGAUCGCUGACGAAACCGUUGUCUCUGUCGGCCACAAAGGACACCAGUAACAUCGGGACCGGCAAAGCUGGUCAGGAGAAUGCGGCGCCGGGACAGACGGUACAUCAUCCCAGCGGUAAGGCCAUACUGGUGGCCUCACUCAUGCUGUUGUUCGCCGGCUCCACCUUUGCUCUGGCUCUGCUCUUCGCCCGUCGGCGGAAACGAGGUAACCCAGCGAUCAGCGCCGCUCCGGCCAGCGACCUGGUCUACCGCAAGUUGACCGCAUCCAACCAGAGUUGCCUGCCAUUUGGGUCUCGGAGCCGUCGGCAUGCGUGGGAAAAGAGCGAUGGCUUCAAGCUGGGCGGCCUGCUUGAUCGGGAUCGGAACGGAUUCGAGAAGCUGGACCAGCAGGCCAGCGACGAGGAGCAGGACACGACGACGACGCUGGCGAGCGCCCAGUAUGCCUAGGGCCCCCGAUAUGGGCCAGGACCAAGACUUAUGCAAGCUACCAAAGCAUUCCUAGUUCUAACUACCUGUACCUCAUUGACCACUACCGAUUUGGUUGUACUCUCGUGCUCUGUGUAUAACUUUCACUUUGUGUUUCUUUGUUUUUGUUUAACAUGAUAUUGGGCCCAUUACGCAGAAGAUUUGGAGUUUUUGCUAUGACUUAGGCAGCAGUAAAUUCCUUUAAAAAGCCAAAUACAGUUGAAUUCGGAAACCGAAUUUGGUAUUAACCCAUUUCUGCGGAAUGCGUCCCAUAUCUUCGUUCGAAAUGCGAUUAAUUUGCCAAAUUUUAAAUACAUAGUCUUAUGAAUCUGUCA